UCCCACUCACUCUCUCUUUCUCUCUCUCACACACACACUCUCUCUCUCUGCGUCUCUCAAGUCCUCUCACAGUCACAGCUCCCUCCCUUCCGCUCCUACCUUCACCGCCAAAACCUUAAUCCCGGCUUCGAAACCUCCUCUACCCCAUCCUCAACUCUCUCUUCCCCGCAAUGAACCCCACCGCCGUCGCCGGCCCAACCCACUCCCCCGCCGGUCCUCCGCCGUUCGACCCGUCAAGGCCGGCCGUCCCGGUCUCGUACCCGAUCAAAACCCUUGCCGAGCUCGAGUCGAGGUCCUACUUCGACUCCUUCCACUUCCCCUUCAACAAGUCGUCGGUAGUUCUUCGGAAUGGUAGGUGUUUGGCUGACCGGCCGAGGAUGCUCGUGUGCCACGACAUGGCGGGAGGGUACACGGACGAUAAGUGGGUGCAGGGGGGGAGUAAUCCCGAGGCGUACGCGAUCUGGCAUUGGUACUUGAUGGAUGUUUUUGUGUACUUCUCGCAUAACCUGGUUACUCUGCCGCCUCCGUGUUGGACUAAUGCCGCCCAUAAGCACGGUGUCAAGGUACUGGGGACCUUCAUCACCGAAUGGGAUGAAGGGAGAGUUAAUGCCAAUAAACUGCUCGCGACAAAGGAGUCUGCUCGCAUGUAUGCUGAGCGCUUGACCGAGCUUGCAAGUGCCUUGGGAUUUGAUGGCUGGCUGUUGAAUAUGGAGGUCAAUUUGGGUGUAGGAAAAAUUCCUAUUUUGACAGAAUUUGUCAGCCAUUUAACCAAGACCAUGCAUGCCUUGGUGCCCGGAUCUUUAGUCAUAUGGUAUGACAGUGUUACAGUUGAUGGCAAUCUAAUCUGGCAAAAUCAACUGAACCAAAAGAAUAAACCUUUCUUUGAUGUAUCUGAUGGAAUAUUCCUAAACUAUUCUUGGCUGAAGGACUAUCCAAAUCGUUCAGCUGCUGUUGCUGGUGAUAGAAAGUUCGACGUCUAUGUGGGCAUUGAUAUUUUUGGGAGGGGCACAUAUGGUGGUGGACAGUGGAAUACAAAUGUUGCACUUGAUGUAAUAAAAAGGGGCAAUGUGUCAGCUGCCCUAUUUGCCCCUGGAUGGGUCUAUGAGACUAAGCAACCACCUGAUUUCGCAACUGCUCAGAACCGUUGGUGGUCCCUUGUUGAGAAAUCAUGGGGUAUAAUGCAGAGUUACCCCCUGGUGCUACCAUUCUACUCAAAUUUCGAUCAGGGUCGUGGUCAACAUGUUGCUAUAGAUGGAGGGCAAGUAUCAAGUGCUCCUUGGAACAACAUUUCCUCCCAAAGCUUUCAGCCUUGCCUUAAAUUUUCUGGAGAUUCUUCCUCAGACUCUAUUCAAGUCCUUGUUGAUUUUAAGGAAGCAUCUUAUAGCGGAGGAGGGAACAUCAAGUUUAAAGGAACUCUUCCAGACGUUGGAUAUUUCUCAACAAAGCUCUUUCGCGGAGAGCUUCUUUUGGGGGAUUUACCAGUGUACUUCACGUAUUCCGCUAAAUUGGAUGGGAACUCUCUGAUUGGCCUUUCUCUUGAAUUUUCUUCUGCCGUGGAGGGAAAAAUAUCAGUGCUUCUUGCUUCAAGGGGGAAUACCCUUCUUACCAUGAACCAAUUCUCAAGCAAAUUCAACAAAGUAAUUAUGCCUCGUCGGGUUACUAAGUCAAAAACAGACCCGGGAUGGGUAAUUCUGGAGAAUAGCAUUUCGAUGAAAGGAUUCACAUUAACAGAAAUCCACGCUUUGUGCUAUUCAUCAAACCCUGAAUUUGGAAAACUGAGAUCAAAUUUGCAAACAGAUGGAAAAGUAUUCAAAAGUUCCCUAUCACCCAAUCCAACUCAAUAUUCCGCCAUUCUUGGCCAUAUCAGUGUCAAAACUUCUGGACAGGACUUUGUUUUCCCACCAUCUACCUCAUGGCUAGUUGAGGGUCAAGACAUUGAGUGGACUUCAGUCUCUCAGAAGUCCAAGACCCUUAGUGUUAAACUCAGUUGGAGGUUGAAAGACGGGAAAACUUCACUUUUCCCGAAGUACAAUAUUUUUGUUGAAAAACUAUCAAAUCAAGGUGUUGGAAAGCAGGAGUAUCUUGGAGUUGCCCAUGUGGAAGCGUUUUACGUCUUUAAUCUUGUAGUUCCUUCCGGAACCUCUAAUCUCAAAUUCAUUAUUCAAGUGUGCGGCAUCGAUGGGACUUCUCAGCCGGUAAAGGAUUCUCCAUCUUUUCUGAUGCAGAAUGUUAAUCCCCCAGUCCCCGGAGGAAGAUUUUGGUCUAGAAAAUGUUCUACUACUAAUAUUAUUUUUAUUAUCAUUAGUAUUAUCAUUAGUAUUAUAGCCAUUGUCACUGUUAUAUUCUAGUAGGAUAAUAUCUUGAUAAGUAUUCAAUUAUGAUAAGAUAAGAUAAUUGACAGGAAAUUACUCUUCCAUUAUUUAAUAUGAGAGGAGAAAAUGGAGGAAUAAUAAUGUUGUUUGUACCUGAUAUCGUUGUAGCAUGACAAUUUAUUUGCAAUAAGAGUUUGUGCCGAUGGAAUCUACUUUUUUA